AUGCCUUCUUCACUUCUCAUAGUUCUUCUUUUCCUCAUCUCGAUCUCAUCGUCCUUAGCUCAAACCUACAAUAUCCUCUCGUACGGAGCCAAGGCCGACGGCAAAACCGACUCGACCAAGGCCUUAACCGCCGUGUGGACCAAAGCAUGCGCCUCCGUCAAGCCGGUCACAAUUGUGGUCCCUAAGGGACGGUUUUUAGUACGAAGCAUUGUUUUUGAUGGUUCCAAGUGUAAACGCAAGUCCGUCACGUUCCGUAUCCAAGGUACACUUGUGGCUCCAUCGGAUUAUCGGGUCAUCGGUAAUCAGAACUACUGGAUUUUCUUCCAGCAUCUCGACGGCCUCUCCGUCUACGGUGGAGUUCUUGACGCUCAAGGAGCUUCUCUUUGGUCUUGCAAAAAGUCCGGCAAGAAUUGUCCUAAAGGUGCUACGAGCAUAGGUUUUCAGAGCUCAAGCAACGUGGUGAUCUCCGGGUUGACGUCACUAAACAGUCAGAUGUUUCACGUCGCGAUUAACGGCUGCCGUAACGUAAAUAUUCAAGGAGUCAAAGUUUCUGCUGACGGAAACAGUCCAAACACUGACGGCAUCCACGUGCAGGCAUCCUCCACCGUCUCCAUCCUCAAUUCUAAAAUCUCCACCGGUGAUGACUUCAAAGUUUCUGCUGACGGAAACAGUCCAAACACUGACGGCAUCCACGUGCAGGCAUCCUCCACCGUCUCCAUCCUCAAUUCUAAAAUCUCCACCGGUGAUGACUGUAUCUCCGUCGGUCCCGGCACUAACGGCCUAUGGAUCGAAAACAUCGCUUGUGGCCCUGGCCAUGGUAUCAGCAUUGGAAGCUUGGGAAGAGAAAGUGUGGAGGCAGGUGUGCAAAACGUAACAGUGAAAACGGCGACGUUUACAGGAACAGAAAAUGGGGUGAGAAUAAAAUCAUGGGCCAGGCCCAGUAAUGGAUUCGCUAGGAACAUCCGUUUUCUACAUUGCGUUAUGAACAACGUACAGAACCCAAUCGUCAUUGAUCAAAACUAUUGUCCUGGCAACGAAAAUUGCCCUAACCAGGUUUCUGGGAUAAAGAUCAGCGAUGUAAUGUUUUUUGAUAUACACGGGACAUCAGCAACAGAAGUUGGAGUGAAAUUUGACUGUAGCUCUAAAAAGCCGUGUACCGGAAUUCGAAUCCAAGAUGUGAAGCUGAUGUACCGGAAUAAACCGGCUGUAGCAGAUUGUAGCCAUGCCGGAGGGACUGAGGCUGGUUUUCAACGACCCAACAGUUGUCUAUGA